CGGAUGAUGAAUGGCUCUUGUACGCUGCUGGCUCUAAUGUGGACGCCCUCCCGAUGAGGCUGCACGCCGAAACUUUGGUCACGAGUCGCGAGUGUGAGAGGUGUGGACAAACAAGCAUGCAUGCCAAGGACUUUUGACUGAGAACUCCACUCGGGGGCGGUGGCCGUCGCAUGCGCGACCAGAUUACCACCAACAUCGUCGUCCUCACGCUCGCCAAACAUCAUCCAUACCUCGUCCCUUUUUGGACAUCGCGUUCCUGCAAGAGUAUUCGAGCCAGCAACUCACCAUUCACGACUUGCCCUCGCAACUCGGAAUACCGUCGCGCAGUCUUUUAGCCCCUUCACGUCCUGCUCAGCUCAUUCGUAGCAGGUUCGUUUCACAAUGCGAUUGGCAGAGCUUUACACGAGAUGGGCGCAGAUCAGUGUGCUUCUGUGCUCUCUGCUCAUCCAACUGGUCAGCUGCGUUCCAUCGCCAGCUCCAGUCGGUUUCGGCGACAUCAACGCCAAAUUGCCCGCCUUGACACCUUCAGACUUCAGCACUUCAACAUCCAAAGGAAUGUGGUUGGUGGAAUUCUACUCGCCUAGCUGCCCUCACUGUAGGCACUUUGCGCCCGUGUGGCAGGAUGUUGUGGAGGUUCAGGAACAUCUGGCUCUCACUGCCGACUUUCAUAUGAGCAGAGUCAACUGCUUGACAUUCGGUGAUUUGUGCAAUGAGCAGAAGAUUGAGGGAUAUCCCACACUCAAGCUGUAUGCCGAUUCCAAAUACAUUGAGGAUUACACAGGCAAGCGCAAGUAUGAUGAUCUCACAUCGUACGUCACUGCAAGAGCUAGGGAUUAUCAGAAAGCCAAACACGAGGCUCAGAUGCAAGGUCAGGGUCAGAAUGCCGGACACUAGAAUUUUUGGAGGGAAUGGUUUAGCGAAUCCUUCGCUGCUUCAUCAAUGUAUGAUCAUCAUGGGCCAUGCAGCAGCCAGCGCUCAAGCACAUCUUAUUAUCUGUGGGCUUAGCCAGCGCAGCCAUGGGACCAGAUCCAAGCGACGUUCAGAGGUCACAGGCAUGCUGAUUGGUCCGUUUAGCCAUUCAUAGCCUCGAAUCCCUCGCCGCAGCCUCUCCAUUGAAGUGCUGAGCUUCUCCAUGUGUGAGCCUUCCCAUUGCCUGUCG